AUGAGUUCAGAAGGAGGCCCGGCCAGCACCGGUCCAACUGAUAACAAUGGAAAGAGGAAACGGCCCGAGUCGCCGUCUCAGGAGCCGACGUCUAGGAAGUCCAAGGAUAUCAAAAUCCCCCAGAGGCAGUCGGCUAGGAUUGAAUUACAGAAGAAGCAGGAAAAAGCCCAUCGUCUAGACCUCGGUCACAAAUUCCCCAAGGAAAAUUCAACUCAACAUCUACAAGUCCCUGUGGAGCCUCAUGGUGAGAGAGGAAAGUCACCGUGGGUCACCGGACCUACUUCGACGAACCAUCCUGAUAACACACUCGACGACCUUGGUAACUUCAGAAUGUUUGUACGUGACUCCCGUGAUGAGGCAGAGCUUGCCGUGUAUGUUGGCCUUCAGAACAAACGCGACCUCAGACAUUUUGCCUUGUCCUGGCCUGUCAUCAAGACCUGGAUUAAGGCACCACAUAAGCAGACUCACUCGCUGAAAGUUGAGAUAAACCAUCUCAUCCAGGAUGGCAAGGAAUUACAGUGUAUCGAGGACCCUUACGAAAUUUGGCCGCAACGUUCUCGGGAGUCGGAGGAGCACACUUCUUUGAGACUUACACACAUUAUGGCAUGGCAUCUGGUGCGGAUGUCUAAGGAUAUAGAGGAGUACAUCAGGUCCAGUGACCUAGAUAACUUGCAUCGCACACGGAGAUACCGCGGUGAACUAAGCGCGAUGUUGGAGCUUGAUAUCCCGCUGGACAACAUUUUCCAUCCCCGUCCCCAGCUCAUAUCUUGGAGAAACGAGCUGAACGACACUUAUGAUCGCUGCUGGUCAAUCUUGGGCUACAUCUCAUGGAUUCCUUAUAUGAAGUCCUGGGAAAAAGCCCUGGGUUUCUUCGUCUCCUCAGAAAAUAACGCCAUCACAUAUGACAGCGGGAUGCCGACAGCGACGAGACCAAGACCCAACCACCUUAGGCUAGCUCAACAGUGCUCCUCUUCAUCUCCCGGGGAAGUACCAAAACCAUUCCCCCAAUGCAGGUUAAGGUAA